CGAGAAGAGUGCAACCUGUUUGAAGCAGGUCUUAGACUCCUGUUCCUGGCAAUCUUUUACUCAGGUCUUCCAUCUAAGCAAUUUUGACCACAUACAAAACUCGAUGAAAUGUAAGUGAUAUGAUCGUCUUAAUGAGGAGUAGGGUUGGGGCGGGAAGAGAAUGGGUGAAAUAAGAAAUGAGAUGUAGCGUCAUUUGAGUGAGGAGGGAUAUGUCCCUCAUAUUUUGUAGGAGGGAUAUUCAACUUAAUUUAGGGGUGGAGGGAGAUUUGACUAAAUUUGGUUUUAGGAGCAAUAUGUGACUCAAUUUUGGGUUUGGAGAAACAUUUGACUAAAUUUGGUUGUAGGGGCAAUAUGUGACUAAAUUUAGAAGUAGGAAGGAGAUUUGACUAAACUUAGGUGAUGGAGGGAAUUUCGAAUAAAUUUAGGUGAUUGAGGGAGAUUUGACUAAAUUUAGGUGUUGAAGGGAGAUUUUUUUAAAUUCAGGUGAUGGAGAGAGAUUCGACUAAAUUUAGGUGUAGAAGGAGACUGGACUAAAUUUGGUUGUAAGGCAAUAUGUGACUAAAUUUAGGUGUAGGAAGGAGAUUCGACUAAAUUUAGGCGUAGGAAGGAGAUUUGACUAAAUUUGGUUGUAAGGGCAAUAUGUGACUAAAUUUAGAUGUUGGAAGGAGAUUUGACUAAAUUUAGGUGAUGGAGGGAGAUUCGACUAAAUUUAGGUGUAGGAAGGAGAUUUGACUAAAUUUGGUUGUAGGGGCAAUAUGUGACUAAAUUUUGGUGUGGGAGGAAGAUGUAGCUAAUUUUUUGUUUAGGAGGGAGAUGUGAGUAAAUUUAGGUGUACGGGUGAGAUGGGCUAAAUUAUUAUGUAGGAGGGAGAUGGGAUGAUCGAAGAUUGAAGAUUCAUUUUCUGACCGCGUUCGUUUUGUUACCUGUCUGGUACUGUGACAGGCCCACAAUAAAUAACCAUUUGGAAGGGAAGUUACACUUGGUAGCAUGUGAUAGGGAGAAGAAAUUACACGAUACUUCAGGGUGAUGAAUGCCAUUAAUUAUCAAAUCUAAGAAUAUCAUUAUGAAUUAUAGCAAAGAAUACCAUGGUGUAUCAAAGCUAAGAAGGUCGACAUUGAAUAAAGAAUAAGAUUUCACGAUUGACCAAAGCAAAGUAUGUUAUUGUUGAUCAUAUGAAAGGAUAUCAAGAUUGAUCAAAGCAAAUAAUGCAAUGAUUGAACAAAUCAAAUCUGUUCAUGAUUGAUCAACAAUCUUUGUCAUGAUUCUUCAAAGCAAAUAAUGUCCUGAUUGAUAAAAGCAAAAAAUAUCAUGAUUUAUUACAGAAAAAAUAUCAUGAUUAUUUAGAUAAAAUAUGCCAUGAUUGCUCUCAUAUAAAAAGAAAGAUCAGUUUGAUCAGGACAAAGAGAAGCAUGAUAUAUCUGGGUUUUUUUCAUCACUAAUGACGACUAAAGUAAUCUCCAUGUGCGUGGCUGGGUGGUCGAGUGAUGUAAACUGAAUCAAUCACAAGCUUGUGAUCAGGAACUCAAACCCAACCAAAUACCAUGUCAAGCUAAAACAACACCAGCACCCGGGUGGAUGGGACUCAUUUAACUUGGUUGGGAACUACUCAUCUAAAAGUAGCACCCAAGAUAGAUGGGAACUUUUAACCUUGUUGGCAACUCAUCUUACAACAGUACCCGGGAUAGAUGUGACUAAUUGAUCUUGAUUGGCAAAUCAUCUGUCACCAGCACCCAGGAUGGGUAUAACUCAUUAACCUUGGUUGCCAACUCAUCUAACAUCAGUAUCCAGGAUGAACGGGACCCAUUAAUUUUGGUUGGCAAAUCAGCUGUCACCAGCACCCAGGAUGGGUAUAACCCAUUAACCUAGGUUGGCAACUCAUCUAAUACUAGCACCCAGGAUGGAUUGGACCCAUUGACCUUUGUUGGCAUUUCAUCUAAGAUAUGGGACACAUUAACAUUUGUUCAUUCGAGAGAAGAAAACUCUGAAACGGAAACACGGAGCAGUCCCGUAUGAUACAGUAAUGUGAUGCAAAAUUCCGACACAUCCUGCAAGACAUUCCGAGCCAAGCUGUAUCAUCCAUCAUGUAUGGUCUUUCCUUUGUCUCUUUCUCGCGUGGGUAGUGGCGAUUUGCUGUCAAUAGAAACAGCGUAUGCUUGGGUUUUACAAAACAAACAAAAAAUAUUUUCAUCUAUAAAGUUGAUGAUUUUUCUCUUUCCAGGUCUUCCAAAUCUUUUUACUGAAAAUUACGAGUACUAAAAUAAGGAACCUUAAAAAUUAAGGGUGCUACUAUUCGUACCCGGGUACCAGAAGUGAGAUGUUAGGAUUAAAAUCUAUUAAAAAUAUUAUGGUUGGGUUUGUAAAAAAAAAAUGAUGUAUCAAAUGAAAGAUAAUUGAAUGGACUCUAUGUGUGUAAUUUUACUUCUUCAGUUUAACUAAAAUAAACUACAACUAAGGGCAUCCGAAUAACUCGGGUGCGAAUGGCGGCACUGCUUGUCUAGGUCCAUUUUGACUCUUAGCUAUUCGGAUGUCAUUUGUGGUAAUUUAUUUUAGUUAAACUGAUGAACUAAGUUUACAAACACAUAGUCCAUUCAAUUGUCCAUUAUUUGAUACCUCAUUUUGUCUUACAAACCCAACAAUAAAAUUAUAAUAGUUUCUUAAUCCCAACCUUUCACUUCUGGUACCCGGGUACGAAUAGCUGCUUCGAAAAAUUAAAAUAUUUUAAGUUUAUUUUGUGUUUGUUAAUGCUUUCUUUAAAAUUCGGUGAAUACACAAAGACAGCUAUUGUGACCAGUCAAGAUUUGUGGCAUGUCUAGUUUUGUUACCUGUCUAGGUUUGUGACAUGUCUAGGUUUGUGACCAGUCUAGGUUUUUGACCAGUCCAGGUUUUUGACCAGUCCAGGCUUGUGACAUGUCAAGGUUUGUGACCAGUCUAGGUUUGUGACCUGUCCAGGUUUGUUACAUGUCUUACUUUGAUAACAUGCCUUGUUUUGUGGCUUGUGUGAUAUGAAUCAGAAAUGGAUCAAAUCAUGUCAUGUGAGUUUAAAAACAAUGGACCUGUUGCAAUGCAUUAGUAAAUUAAAAGUAAAGACCAAUUGUCAUAAUACAUGCACAUUAGGAAUUAACUGUCAGAAUACAUACAUUAGACGGAUUAUUUGUAACAAUACUUAAAAGAUGUUUAGACCAACUGUCAAAAUGCAUAAAACAAGUAAAGUCAUUCCUAGUUCAUCGCGGAAUUCAGUUCCAGACUUUAUCGCUUUCAUCCCAUUUCCGCAAAGAGAGAUGAUUUAUUUAUAAAUCUAAAUUUUUUGUAGUCAGAUGUUACGCAGUGGCUUCUCUUGUGAGAAAUUGAUCUCAUACUUUAAUUUUAUGGCGCGUUCAAACAGUGCCUGACAAAGGACGAUACCAUAGAUAAAUACAAUAAAAUUACGACACCCAAAUCAGUUCAAAUUACAAUUAAUAAGAUUUAAUUUUGUAAUAAUACAAUUACAAAACAAAAGAAAUAUAAUUACAAAUCAUCAACUUACAGAGUAUCGGAAAAUCUUUUACCGGUACACAAUUAGUACAAUGUGGCAAUUAAUAAUGAUGAAUAAUGAAUGCGAAUAAACACAUAUGAGCACACAAAGAAUACAAAAAUUGUCUCGUACAGUUAAUAAUAUCUAUCUCCGUCUAUCUUAUUCUCCGUCUGAUUCUCUCUCUCCGAAACCCUUUGUUUAUAUUGUGGGUCUACGGACGCGUCCAGAAACGCCUUUGCUUAUCUAAUACAAUCGCGAACAUUUGACAAAACACCACUAAUAACAAAUUAAUUAUUUUUAGUUGCUGUCGGCAAUAAACACGACAGAUCAAAAUACUAAGCCACGCCCAUCAAUGAACGUAGCGUCUCAUGUGGGGUCAACCAGAGUUCACGCACGAGGAAAGUGUUGUAAACAAGCUCUACAUAACACAGCACAUAGAAAACGGUUCUCGACCCUCUAAACUAUUAAAUACUGUCUUUAAGUUUUUUUAUUCCCUCAAGGUUGCCUUAAUAAAUGGGGCUAAGACCUUACGUAGUGUAAUUUUAAUUAUGAUAAUAAUAUAGGGGUGUAUAAUUGACCACGGAGCGCGUGCUGUAUCAUUUUCACCAUCUCCAUCAAAGUUUUAUGAAUACAUCUUAUAUUUCCACAUAAUAAAACACGAAAAACCUAGACAUGUCAAAGUGUAGCCGCGAAAUUUGAGGCUUGAAAUUGCGAGUGACUACUGUAUGAGGUAAUGUCAUAACACGUGUAAAAGUGUAAUGUAGCACUUAUUAGACUACUGUAUGAGGUAAUGUCAUAACACGUGUAAAAGUGUAAUGUAGCACUUAUUAGAAACAAAAGUUAACACGCUCUGAUUAUCACUUCGGCACAUACACACCCUAUGUGUGCUGGUUCCUAACCUCUUGUUUCGUCAGUCAUACUCGGUGACUAACCAUCCAGUGACCAACACAUAAAAAUGUCUUCAUUGUUCCCCUGAGAGUUCUAUAGAAGGCAGUGUGAUAAAAAGUCGUCUAGGGAUAGGUCCCUUUUCCAACGGCCACAAACAACAACACUAUCGACUCAGAAUCUGAAUCUAAAGUCCGUUUUCGUUCUCUCUGAUAAGAACUUCAUGAUGUGGUUCAACUAAAAGUAUACUUUAAUUAUUCAUUCUAUGUGCCAAGAGGCAAUGCACAACAAACAAAUAAGCAACAUUAUUGUUCACAUGUGACAUAAUGGAAUUUCCAGAACUUCGCGCAAACAAUCACUAAUUUAUUACUUUAAAAAAAAGGGCAGCGUUACGUCCAUAAGACUUCUCCGAACCAAUAUAUUGCACCAUCGGAAAUGUGUCUUAGCGCAUUGACGACUGAGCAAAAGUGGUGCGAGACAUGGGGAAGUCCCAAAGGAAAACAUCCUUGCUCACAGAAACAAUAAUACAUAAAAACUAUAUCAGGUGAUAUUACCGUGACAGCAGGUCCCAUAUAAACUACUCGUUUUAAUAUGAUACAGAUGACUGGUAUAAAGCAAAAUUAGUUCUUAUUUAUUUCACCAGUCUAUCUGGCCGCUUCGUAAAUAAAAGACAUGCUAUCUCCUUGUGUACAUUAUAGUUUGUGCUUGUAAUGAUCCAGUCCUGUUCAUUAUUGAUAUAGAUAUGUAUUCUUUUACCUUAAUUAUGUAUCAAGCUUAUGGCAUUGACCAUUAAAAUGACAGCACAAAAGUAAUACAUACGGUCACACGUCAUGUCUUCUACAGUGGCACGUGUGCGUGCGUUUGCACUAUCAGAACUAAUUUAUAUAGUCCUAGUUAUACACAAUGAACUGCGUCAAGUUAAACAUCAACUUGGCGUGUACACAAGUAUCCAUUUUGGUUUAAACAUUACGCAUUCAUCAAAACCAGAUUUGUGUUUAAAAAAUUUAAGUGCCUCACUUUUAUUUUUAUUGCUACAGAAAGUUGAAAUUUGAGAGCUUAUGUUGUUGUUUUUUUUAAUGUUCAUGUUAAAAAAAAUAUGUGCAUUAAAAAAACUGCAUAGAAUUUGCGAAUCACGUGACAAAUGACAAGCAAACUCUAUGCAAAUUGUCAGAUAUUUUAGAAAUUCAGAAAUAAUAUGUUUAUUAUAAAUAUACCGAUAGUUUUUUUGUAUAAGUUUUUAUAACCAUUUUUUUUCCGUACACUACUGGAUGGUUUAAUUAUGAGACUUGCUUAAGUGAAAACAUUUAUAAAAAAACGAAUAAAAAUACGUUAACAGUUUCAAUAAAAGAACAAGAAAGGAACGAUAAAAACUCGUUCUAUUCUAAUUAUUUUGUUAGUAUACUUCGGAAAUGCAUGACGUCACAUAGUCGAUUCCCAAAGCGUUUCAUUUAAGUUCCACUAAUGAACUAAACGAAUGAGAACCGCUAACAACCGAACUAGCGAACAUUAGAACCAUUACCACAUGCCAACAAGAGAAGCUUUACUCAAGGUGAGAGCCACUGUUCAUCUUUCCCUGGUUGAGAGCCCCUGAUCUUAGUGGCUGAGGGACAAAUGUCACAUGUCAGUAGAGGUUUCAGUAAUUGUGACAUCACAGCCAAAAUGAUGACGUAGUGCUGUCCUGGAGCAGCACAGACCCCGAGCUCACUCAAAUCUUUUUGUCCACCAAACAGAAAAUUGAAAUGUUAAAAAGGUGGGCAUAUAAGGGCAGAUCAUUCUAAUGCGCUGCCUGGGCGAAUUUUGUUCCGGCACAAAUCCUUGCUUUACACCACCUGUUGACACGUCUACGUAACUCUGAUGAAGAGAUUUCUUGCGGCUCUGUCCAUUGUUAACUCCCUUUUACUUAGCUUAACUGGUGUAAGAAUGACGGUUGGUGUUGUCUCAUGUCUGCGGCAACAAACACUGUUGACGUUGCAACGGCACCCAUGAAAUUAAUGCUCGGUUGAAAUAUCUUUAGGAAAACCCAAGUUCCCGUCUUGCCCACACGUAUUUUCCUAACUGUGAUCAUCACAACUUUUUGGCACGAGAUUUACUUUACUUCAAUCCAAAUGUCCAGACUUGAUGUUGGGGUCAAGUCGAGCCCCAGAGAAAUGUCUGCCAACACGACGGACGAGUGCAUGAGAACUAAUAAAAUAAGAAGGAAUUAUUUAAGAGAAAACCACGUUCAUUACGUUUGUUUGAUGCACUGCAACAGGAUAGCAUAUUCAAAGGGUAAAUUUUAAUUUUUUUGUACUUGUCAUUACAAGUAUGAGCAGGCAAGUUUAUAAGCUUGUUACAAGUUAUUAAUCAAGGAAAUAAAUUUUUACUCGUACGAUAGGUCAGGGUAAUGAGCUUAUUACAAUUAUUGAUUAAUUUAUUAGUUGAUAAUGACCUUAACAACAAAAAGUUUGAAGAACGUUAAAUGACAGAUGACAGACAGACAGUGUUUAUUUUGUAUAGGCAAUACACAAAACUAUAAAAUUUUGAACACAAAAAUUUAAAGUUAUAUUUAAAAGAAAAUAUAUUUAUUUCAUGAGCCAUUUAGUAGAAAAUAUAAUUUUAGUAAAAAAUAGCAAGUCAAUGUGGUGACGAAAUCAUGCUGUUCUUAUAAGUUCAAAGUUCAUCCUUAUCCUCAUGUACCUUAGUCCUUGUUCCGUUGGGGCGCCACAGAUGACAUGUGAACCAUCCUCCUCCAUUCCUCUCUGUCUUCAGCACUACGCACUGCAUCGCCUAGUGAUAGUCCUGUCCACUCUUUGAUGUUAUCCUCCCAUCUUUUUCUUUGUCUUCCUCUUCUUCUCCCUCCUCUUGUGGUGCCCUGCAAUAUUUCUUUGGCAAGCCCUUGUUUCCUUGUUACGUGGCCGUACCAUUGUAACCAGUAGGUCAUCAUACUCCUCAAUUGCCUUGCGAACCCUUUCUUUCAAUGUGUCAUCGGAGAUGUGGUCCCUAUAGCAGAUGCCUAAAAUUCUUCUGAAACAUCUCAUCUCCAUCGCCUUUAUUUUCCUUUAUAGAUCGGCUGUUUCAAAGUACAAAGCACUCAAAAUACCUUCUCGAUACACCCCUCUCACCCAAUUUUUUUUUCUACAGGGCGAAUUAUUCCCCUUUAAUUUUUUUUUUUUUUUCACAAACAUUGCUUACUUAACUCACUGACAAUUUGAAAAGCGGAUUAAACUACGCAAUGGAAAACAGAGCUUCCUCCCCCACCCUAACACCCCCCCCCAAUAUUAAUAUUAUAAAGCUUCUAUCCCCCUCGAUGCCUUGAUCUGAAUUCGUUGUCUUCGGAAAGGGAUAUUUUAGAUCAAGAAUAUUAGAAAAUGUGCGAUUUUCUUUUCUUAUUUCAUCCUUCCCAAUGUUGCCUUGUUACUAGAGCGCCGUAUUGCCACACAGCACGAAUCUCCUCAUCUUAGGCUGGUUUCCAGGAGCUCCACCCAGUACCAAGGCUUGGCCUGCAACCCUAGGACCAACCACUGGUAAAAUCUUUCCCCACGACAGACACAUGGCUGGGACGUCCACACAAACAUCUUAACGUACAAGCGAAGAGCUAUUCCACUACGUUCAAGGGCAGAGCUAAUCCACCACGUACAAAGGCAGAGCUAUUCAACUACCUACAAGGGCAGAGCUAUUCAAAUACGUACAAGGGCAGAUCUAUUCCACUACAUACAAGGGCAGAGCUAUUCCACUAGGUACACGGUCAGUAUUAUUCCACUACCUACAAGGGCAGAGCUAUUCAACUACGUACAAGGGCAGAGCUAUUCCACUACGUACAAGGGCAGAGCUAUUCCACUACGUACAAGGGCAGAGAUAUUCCACAACGCACAAGUGCAGAGCUAUUCCACUACCUACAAGGGCAGAGCUAUUCCACUACGUACAAGGUCAGAUCUAUUCCACUACGUUCAAGGGCAGAGCUAUUCUACUACGUACAAGGGCAGAGCUAUUCCACUACGUACAAGGGCAGAGCUAUUCCACCACGUACAAGGGCUGAGCUUUCCACUACGUACAAGGGCAGAGCUAUUCCACUACGUACAAGGGCAUAGUUAUUCCACUACGCACAAGGGCAGAGCUAUUCCACUACGUACAAGGGCAGAGCUAUUCCACUACGUACAAGGGCAGAGUUAAUCCACUACGCACAAGGGCAGAGCUAUUUCCACUACGUACAAUGGCAGAGCUAUCCCACCAAAUACAAGGGCAGAGCUAUUCCAAUACGUACAAGGGCAGAGCUAUUCCACUACGUACAAGGGCAGAGUUAUUCCACUACGCACAAGGGCAGAGCUAUUCCACUACGUACACGGUCAGUAUAAUUCCACUACCUACAAGGUCACAGCUAUUCCACUACGUACAAUGGCAGAGCUAUUCCACUACCUACACGGUCAGAGUUAUUCUACUACUUACAAGGGCAGAGCUAUUCCACUACCUACAAGGGCAGAGCUAUUCUACCACGCACAAGGGCAGAGAUAUUCCACUACAUACAAGGGCAGAGCUAUUCAACCACGUAUAAGCGAAGAGCUAUUCCACUAAGUUCAAGGGCAGAGCUAAUCCACCACGUACAAAGGCAGAGCUAUUCAACUACCUACAAGGGUAGAGCUAUUCAACUACGUACAAGGGCAGAUCUAUUCCACUACAUACAAGGGCAGAGCUAUUCCACUAGGUACACGGUCAGUAUUAUUCCACUACCUACAAGGGCAGAGCUAUUCAACUACGUACAAGGGCAGAGCUAUUCAACUACGUACAAGGGCAGAGCUAUUCCACUACGUACAAUGGCAGAGAUAUUCCACUAUGCACAAGUGCAGAGCUAUUCCACUAGGUACACGGUCAGUAUUAUUCCACUACCUACAAGGGCAGAGCUAUUCCACUACGUACAAGGGCAGAGCUAUUCAACUACGUACAAGGGCAGAGCUAUUCCACUACGUACAAUGGCAGAGAUAUUCCACUAUGCACAAGUGCAGAGCUAUUCCACUACCUACAAGGGCAGAGCUAUUCCACUACGUACAAGGUCAGAUCUAUUCCACUACGUGCAAGGGCAGAGCUAUUCCACUACGUACAAGGGCAGAGCUAUUCCACUACGUACAAGGGCAGAGCUAUUCCACCACGUACAAGGGCUGAGCUAUUCCACUACAUACAAGGGCAGAGCUAUUCCACUACGUACAAGGGCAUAGUUAUUCCACUACGCACAAGGGCAGAGCUAUUCCACUACGUACAAGGGCAGAGCUAUUCCACUACGUACUAGGGCAGAGCUAUUCCACUACGUACAAGGGCAGAGCUAUUCAACCACGUACAAGGGCAGAGCUAUUCCACUACGUACUAGGGCAGAGCUAUUCCACCACUUACAAUGGCAGAGCUAUUCCACUACGUACAAGGGCAGAGCUAUUUCACUAAGUACAAGGGCAGGACUAUUCCAGUAGGUACAAAGGCAGAGCAAUUCUACUACGUACAAGGGCAGAACUAUUACACUACGUACAAGGGCAGAACUAUUCCACUAAGUACAAGGGCAGAGCUAUUCCACUAAGUACAAGGGCAGAACUAUUCCUCUACGUACAAGGGCAGAACUAUUCCACUAAGUACAAGGGCAGAGCUAUUCCACUAAGUACAAGGGCAGAACAAUUCCACUACGUACAAGCGCAGAACUAUUCCACUACGUACAAGGGCAGAACUAUUCCACUAAGUACAAGGGCAGAGCUAUUCCACUAAGUACAAGGGCAGAACUAUUCCACCAAAUACAAGGGCAGAGCUAUUCCACUACGUACAAGGGCAGAGCUAUUCCAGUACGUACAAGGGAAGAGCUAUUUCACUACGUACAAGGCAGAGCUAUUCCAAAAAGUACAAGGGCAGAGCUAUUCCACUACGUACAAGGGCAGAGCUAUUCCACUACCUACACGGUCAGAGUUAUUCUACUACUUACAAGUCAGAGCUAUUCCACUACGUACUAGGGCAGAGCUUUUCCACUAAGUACAAGGGCAGAACUAUUCCACUAAGUACAAGGACAGAACUAUUCCACUAAGUACAAGGGCAGAGCUAUUCCACUACGUACAAGGGCAGAGCUAUUCCACUAAGUACAAGGGCAGAACUAUUCCACUACCUACAAGGGCAGAGCUAUUCCACUACCUACAAGGGCAGAGCUAUUCCACUACUUACUGUUGUAUUGUCCACUUAUUAUUGCCCUGAGAAAUCACGAAGAAAAAGACCGGAGAACUCACUUCCAACAUUGAAUAGAUCUCACUGCAGAUUGAUCUACCAAGAUCAUCUAAUAGAUUAUAGAUUGAUCAGUUCAAUCUGAUAGGACUGAAAGCAUAAAUUCUAAUACAACGAAAAACGACUAUUAUGAUGAAUGUUAGACAUAACGGGAAAGCAAUACACUUAAUAACUUAUAACGUAGACUUGAAAUCAUAUGAACUUUGCUUUUUAUACAUUUGAUUAUCAUAUAUUACUUGUUUAUAAAUACGUUUUUAUUACUGACGAAAUUGUGUUGUGAAGGUUUUGAUCGCUAGGCAUAAAUAAAAUAACAUAAUGAUGUCCCUUUGUGUGGAUCCUACAUGAUGUCCCUUUGUGUGGAUCCUACAUGAUGUCCCUUUGUGUGGAUCCUACAUGAUGUCCCUUUGUGUGGAUCCUACAUGAUGUCCCUUUGUAUGGAUCCUACAUGAUGUCCCUUUGUGUGGAUCCUACAUGAUGUCCCUUUGUGUGGAUCGUACAUGAUGUCCCUUUGUGUGGAUCCUACAUGAUGUCCCUUUGUGUUGAUCCUACAGCCCUACUAACAAAAGUCUCUUCACCACAUAUAUAGUGCGUUCCAAAUGAAAUAUAUCAAAAUCAUGCUCCUGUGAACUGAUCGAUAGAAACGCAAAAACCAAUCCAUUGGAUCUUCAAAACAACAUUUGUUCUUAUUUUACAAUCCAAUCCCAUAUCGCAAUACAAUCUGUCAGAUUUAACCAGAAUGAACGUUUACACGUCAUACAUCCUGGACACAUUGAUCUAGUGAGGAGUGAAGCACUGCUAUAGAGUUACUAGCAGACAUUUCCACGCCAUACACACAAGAUUUCCAAACUACAAUUUGCCCAUUGCAUAGAAAGUAGAAUAGAGAGCCACUUUUAAUUCAAUUAGAAUAUAGGGCCAUGUGUACUGCCUUACGUUAUGCAUGUAGCAUAUAGGUCACGUGUAGUGGCAUGACGCUAGGUAUAUAGAAUAUUAGGUUACGUGUACUGCCACGAAGUUAAUCGUCUGACUUUGGCCUAAACCAAAAUUAGGCUAAAAGUAAAAAUGACUUUCUGCCAAAACCGAAGCUGCUACCAAAAGCGUAAUGAAACUUUCGGCCGAAACUGAAACCACAACUGAAACUGAAAUAUUUAGAUAUUUUGAAUUUCGUUCACGCAUACAUGCUGCAUUCAUCAAAAAAUGCUGGGGCAAAUAUCAAUAUUUCCAUUCGUUCUAUAAACAAUGAGAUCAUCGUGAAUAUAAAUAAUCAUCAUCAAGUGCAGGGGUCUCAAACUCACGGCCAAUUUCCGGCUAAAAAGACGAUAGUUUGCGACCGCAACAUGACAGCAAAGUUUAGUGUUAAUGCGCGUGACGCGUUUUCCCUAUAUGCGACGGUUUCAGCCGAAUCACACCGACUAGUCUACUUCUGAUUUAUUUGUAUUAUGUAUAUAUAUGUGUAUGUUAAUUAUAAUGGUUAAAAUCGUUUUAAAAUGGGACUAAAAGAUUUAAUUUUAUAGCGUUGUAUGAGACAAACAUGAGCAAAGUGCGGUUUUGAGAAGUUUGAAGAGUCAGUUGGUGGGUAAUGCACAGCCAUAAUUGCGUAAAUAGUACCAUUCUGACACAGUAUCAAAGAAUCUCUAUUGAAAUUGCUGCUAGUGUUUCCAGGUGAAGGGAAUUCCGAGCCUGUCAGCCUAGUCACUUUCAAAAGGUUUAGUCAUAAAGGCCUUUGUUACUAUACAAAAUCUAAAUUUAUUCUCUCUACAGUAGCAUAUUCUUUAGCACCAAUAAUUCAUAAAUAUUGUCUGCUCCUUACUACUACUUGAACACGUUUUAGCAUCAAAAGCCUUCAUGUAGAAGAUUAGGGUGGUUGAUCCUGUACUUAGUGUUCCCAAAUAGCCAAUGAGCUGAAUGUACUCAACAAGACGUUAAAAGACCCAGGGUAGAUUUAAUGUGUAGCCUAUGACAACAACUUGUGUUAUGGUACUUAGAGAAACGUCUGCCAUUUCCUAACAUACAAAGUACUCAUGGAAUUCGGCACACCAUUCAGUAGUAAAAAUACUGAUGCCAUUGCAAAGCUUCAGAAUGAAUUUGAUCACAUGUUUUAGACUUCAAAACACACAGAGCAACUUUUUAUAACUCUUUUUUCUUUAAUGUCAAAGAUGCCCCCACUUUUUACGCUUUAAAUGGAGCUAAUAUCUUCAGUGUAAUUCUAAGUUCAGUGAGGUGAAAAGAAAAACAGACUAGCAUGGAUGUCAAGGGUAUGAGAAUCACUGUUGUUAUGAGUAGAGCAUUGUUGUCAUGUUUUAUUGGGAAAAGAUAAUGAGUUGGAGAUUUUACGUGUAGCUGUAUCAUUUGUGUGAGAGUGUUGUGACGUAAUUGUGUUAUGGGAAGUGACGCGUUAGUUUUAGUGUUGUUGGAGAAGAGAGAUGGCCAUUGUGCACUAUUCAAGACAUAGCUUCUUGUGUGAUGUUUCUAUGUGUGAGGAUUUCAACUAGAUAUAUUGUGAAGUUGAACGUUUACAAGCUUUAUAGCGAAGUACACUGAUUGUCAUGUUAAAGAGGCAUAUUAAAUGUAUAUAUUGUAUCGAGCAGUUGAGUGUUUGUUGAACUGGAGACUAUUACUAUUGGUUGUGCUGUUCGGUGAUAAAGUGUGAGACUGGGCUGGAUGAAUAGACACUCAUUGCCAUGAGUGGAUGAUUUGCAACACAAAAGAUACAACGUCUCGGCAAUGAACAAUUUAUGAGACAAUUGCCAUCCCACUUCACUGAGUUUUCCAAAUUGUUUAUUAAAACACAUCGUUCAACAACACUAUUAAUCUAAAAGCUUUAUAAUACCUCUUUUGUUAUCUUUAUCUAUGUUAUUUUUAAUGUCGUCUUUGAUGUCGUCUUCAAAAUAAAUCAAUCAAAUAACACAAAUAGCAUGGACAACAACAAGGGAAAUUAAAAUUAAAUUAAAAUCAAGUUUAGAAAUCAAAGUGAAGUAAUUUAAUAACAAAAAAUGAAUAAGUAAUUAUUGGGUUAUCUCCCCUUCCAACCGCCAUUAUAUAACCGCAAACCGCCAAGAAAUACCCACCAGCCCGCCAAAACCGCCCUGAUUUGUACACCCUAUACUACUCUCAUGGGGUAAGUUUAUGGCGUUCAAGACCAAGGACCGGAGAAUUAAAAAAAUAAAACGGGAAUUGAAAUCAUCGACACGAAAUGACGUCAUGGAAAGAAUGUUUAAAUAUGGAUACAAAGACGCUGUCUGUGUCAAGAGGGCUAUCCAUAGUUUAGUAAGGAUUUUGUCUUGUCAACUUAGCUCAUCUAAGUUUAACAUAAAGUAUGCCCAACCCUUAAUAGAACCACCAAUUAAAAGAAACAUUCACGAUCAAUACACUCGAAGGCAUACAUUGAAUACAGUUACGUCACCUUGUGGGCGUUAUGUCUAUUACUGAAAUGUCAUUGACAGACUGUUAGCUAAAUUUAUGGAUUGAGAUGAGCAAACAAUGAGGAACAAUGGUCGUGAAGCAGUGGUUCUCAAACUAUCAAAAGUUUCGCGACACGCGAUUGUCAACUAUAUCUGCCCACAUUAGGUCUACUCUAACUGUAUACCUCAGGCCUAUUUUAACUGUAUACAUAAGGUCAGCUAUUGCAUUUACAUACUGUGCACAUAAUGGACAGCUUUUGACACGUGAACCAAAUAAAAUCUCUCUUUCGAAUAGCACAAACUUCCAAAAUAAUGUACCGCCGUCUCGGCAGGGUUCAUGGGAUUUGGAGGAAGGAUGAGGGAGGUUGUCGAGCGUAAUGACUGGGAACAGCCAUAUGGACCCAAUUCAUAGCUCUAGACUGGUAACGUUACUGUGCACAUAUUUUAGAACCCCUCUUUUGUAGGGACUACCCCCACUUUGUUCAGAAAUAAGUUGAGCUGGGUAGUUAAAAUCACUAGUCAAGCAACACAGACCCAGAAACACACAGUGAACAGUUCCAAUGUUUCGAUUUGUUUUCCUAUUGGCUUGUUGGCUGGCAUUACUGGAUGGUGAGUACUUAAUAUUAAAUAACUUAUUCUGUGCAGUGUUACAGAGGAGGCGUCACUAAAAGGUAAAUGUGAUGGAUUGUUGCAAGAAGUAAGAGGGCUGCUGGAGGUUUAUUGGGGAUUUUUAGAGUGGCCUUGACCCUAACAGGCAAUCCACAGGCAGCGUGUCCUCUUUCCGAAAACGGGGAGCCUGCGAUUGUAAGCUUGUUGUUUGAAAGGCAUACUGCUCAGGUGGACAACUCAAUUGACUUGUUGUUGGACCAAACACUGGCUAUGGCACCAACCAUUUGUCUUAUGAUCUGGGUUCGGAUGUAGUUCUUCUUCAAUUACCAGCUGCUCGCCUUAAUCAUCUUAUCUUACAAUUGCUACUUGACAUCCCCUUCUCAUCUAUCAAUGGCCAAUCGACAUUAACUCCUCUCCUCUCAGUUGCUACUUGACAUCAACUCCUCUUCUCUCAGGUGCUACUUGACAUUAAUUUCUCACUUCCCAGUGUCUGCUCGUUUUAAUCAUCUCAUCUCUUAGCUGCUGCUUAUCUUAAUCAUCUCAUCCCUUAAGUGCUGCUUAAAUGCCUUAAACAUCUCAUUCUCAUGUGCCAAUUUUAUCUCAUUUUAUUAAAUCACCAGAAUAGUUUCAUAGCUGACAGUUUUCUGUGGUAAAAAUCAAAUCAAUUUAUUACUUAUUUUAAGUCUCUAAGUCGGAGAUGCCAUCUUUUAUGUCAAGUAACGGUUAAAUCUCAAGCUACGAUUGAAUAUCAGACUACGGUUGAAUGUCAAGCUAAUGUUGAAUGUCAGGCUACAAUUGAAUGUGAGAGUACUUUGGAAUGUCAAGCUAGGGUUGAAUAUCAGCCUACACUUGAAAGUCAGGAUAUGGUUUAAUGUCAGGCUAGGUUGAAUGUCAGACUACUGUAGAAAUCUGACAACAUCAAACCAGUUCUACGAGAUCUCCAUUGGGUUCCUGUGAGUGAGCGCCAUCUAUGCAGCUGUAUGCCAGGGACAUAAUUUUGUAGUUAAUGCGCUCACUUACAGGAAUCCAGUGGAGAUCACGUAAAACUGGAGUGAUGUGGUCAGAUUUUUUUCAUCAGCGUUCAAUGAGUGCUGCAGUAUUUUGAAUCUUUUGGAGUCUCUAAAUGUGGCUCUGAGGUAAACCCAAAAAACAACUAUUACAGUAAUCUAAUCUUGACUGGAUUAGAGUUACUGCUACAGGAUUAGUUGUUCUCCUAUUGAGUUGAGGACGCAGCUGACCCAGGGCACGCAGAUGACAGAAGCUUGUCUUGACAACAGAACCGGAUAUAACACAUAUAAGAUAGACAGCACACAUUGCAUUAUAUACUAAAUACUUGGUUAUCACACUUAUAAGACAUGCAGCACAGGUAGCUCUGUAUUCUACAUAUUUGGAUAUAUCACUUAUUAGGCAGACAAGACACGUGGCUUUAUAUUCUACACACUUGGAUAUCACACAAAUAUAAGGCGGACAGAACGCAUUGCUUUAUAUUGCAUAUACUUGGCUAUCACACUUAUGAGACAUGCAGCAAUCGUAGCUCUAUAUUCUGCAUAUUAUGAUAUCACACUUAAACGGCAGACACCACACGUAGCUCUAUAUUCUACUGACUUAAAUAUAACACCUAUAAGGCAGACAGCACAAGUGGCUUUAUAUUCUACACACUUGGAUAUCACACUUAUAAAACAGGCAGAACACAUAGCUUUAUAUUGUAUAUACUUGGAUAUCAUACUUAUAAGCCGAACAGCUUGCGUGCACUUAAAUUCUUCAUAGUAAAAAAUGUCAAUGCAGCACACGUGGUUCUAUAUACUCUUCAUACUUGACGUCAUGGCUGUAAACCUUGCCCUAUAUUCUAUAUACUCUUCAUACUUGACGUCAUGGCUGUAAACGUUGCCCUAUAUUCUAUAUACUCUUCAAACUUGACGUAAUGGCUGUAAACCUUGCCCUAUAUUCUAUAUACUCUUCAUACUUGACGUAAUGGUUGUAAACCUUGCCCUAUAUUCUAUAUAAUUAUUGCCAUCGCAAUACACGUGGCCUUAUAUUCUACAUACUUAACGUCAUAGCAGUACAUAAGCCCCACUAUUCUACAUACUUAACGUCAUAGCAGUACAUACGCCCCACUAUUCUACAUACUUAACGUCAUAGCAGUACAUAAGCCCCAAUAUUCUACAUACUUAACAUCAUAGCAGUACAUACGCCACACUAUUCUACAUACUUAACGUCAUAGCAGUACAUAAGCCCCACUAUUCUACAUACUUAACGUCAUAGCAGUACAUAAGCCCCACUAUUCUACAUACUUAACGUCAUAGCAGUACAUUAGCCCCACUAUUCUACAUACUUAACGUCAUAGCAGUACAUACGCCCCACUAUUCUACAUACUUAACGUCAUAGCAGUACAUAAGCCCCACUAUUCUACAUACUUAACGUCAUAGCAGUACAUACGCCCCAAUAUUCUACAUACUUAACGUCAUAGCAGUACAUAAGCCCCACUAUUCUACAUACUUAACGUCAUAGCAGUACAUAAGCCCCACUAUUCUACAUACUUAACGUCAUAGCAGUACAUAAGCCCCACUAUUCUACAUACUUAACGUCAUAGCAGUACAUACGCCCCACUAUUCUACAUACUUAACGUCACAGCAGUACAUACGCCCCACUAUUCUACAUACUUAACGUCAUAGCAGUACAUAAGCCCCAAUAUUCUAUAUACUUAACGUCAUAGCAGUACAUACGCCCCACACUAUUCUAUAUACUUAACGUCAUAGCAGUACAUACGCCCUACUAUUCUACAUUCUUAACGUCAUAGCAGUACAUAAGCCCCACUCUUAUACAUACUUAACGUCAUAGCAGUACAUAAGCCCCACUAUUCUACAUACUUAACGUCAUAGCAGUACAUAAGCCCCACUAUUCUACAUACUUAACGUCACAGCAGUACAUACGCCCCACUAUUCUACAUACUUAACGUCAUAGCAGUACAUAAGCCCCAAUAUUCUAUAUACUUAACGUCAUAGCAGUACAUACGCCCCACACUAUUCUAUAUACUUAACGUCAUAGCAGUACAUACGCCCUACUAUUCUACAUUCUUAACGUCAUAGCAGUACAUAAGCCCCACUCUUAUACAUACUUAACGUCAUAGCAGUACAUAAGCCCCACUAUUCUACAUACUUAACGUCAUAGCAGUACACAAACCCCACUAUUCUACAUACUUAACGUCAUAGCAGUACAUAAGCCCCACUAUUCUACAUACUUAACGUCAUAGCAGUACAUAAGCCCCACUAUUCUACAUACUUAAGGUCAUAGCAGUAAAUAAGCCCCACUAUUCUAUAUACUUAACGUCAUAGCAGUACAUACGCCCCACUAUUCUAUAUACUUACCGUCAUGGCCGAACAAAUGGACCUAUAUUUUACAUACUCACUGUCAUGGUAGUACAAUGGCCUAUAAUCAACAUACUUAACGUCUGGCAGAACACAUGGUAAUAUUUUCUACAUUCUCAAAGUCAUGGCAGUACACGUGGUCCUAUAUUUUAAUUGAAGUACACGUUGCCCAUAAGUCUACAUACUUGACAUCAUGGCAGUACACGUGGCCUAAUAGUCUCCAUACUUAACGUCAUUGCAGUACACGUGACGCAGUAUUCUACAUACUUAUCGUCAUGGAAGUUCACAUGGCCCUAUAAUCUACAUACUUGCCGUCAUGGCAGUACAAAUGGCCCUAUCUGGAGGUUUUCGGAGAGUAUGUCCUCUCCAUACCCAUCUUUUCUGUAAGAUGUUUGCGUUGAUGGGCACCUGGUGAGUUCUUUCUAGUAGAUCUUUGUUAGUGAUAGUAUUUGGUCAUUUGAUGUUCAGGAUUUUUCUAAGGCAUGUGUUUAUUUAUGUAUUUAUUUAUUUAGGCAUUUUUAUAUAGCGCUUACCAUAAAGCUCUAAGCGCUUUACAGUUAUUAAAACAUGUAAACUAAGUAAAUAAAAAUGAGACACUAGGAUAGUAACUACUAUACCAUAGAAACAAUGAAAAUGGCUAUAACACGAGGACACUUUAACACUUCAGGAUCAACCCGAAACAGAAAAUGAGGUAGGGCAAGGAGGAUGCAUCACAGGUCAUAGGCGGACCUAAACAGAUUAGUUUUAAGGGACUUUUUGAAAAUGGACGAGGUUUCACAAUGACGGAUAUGGAAGGGGAGCUGGUUCCAGAACGUGGGCCCAUGGAAGCAGAAGGACCGUUCAAUGUCUACACUAUCUGUGUAAGCUCGAUUUUUUUUUAAGUUUCUGCGCCUUGUAGUAGUACUGUUUUAACAUUUGUAUUAAAGAUUGUAACAUAGGUUUGCAUUUUCAGCUCUUUUGACUCCCAUAUUUUGUUUUAUAGCAAGAACGCAGAUUUAGCUUUUACCCUUCUAGCCCUUCCGUCCACUUCGGAUCCACCAGUUGUGUCUAUGGUACUGCAUACAUAUUUAAAGGACUCCACUUCUUCCAGUGCCUUUCCUGCCAAAUAGAUUCGGUCUUGAUUCUACAGAUUACGUCAUGGCAGUUCAUGUGGCCCUAAAAUCUACAUACUUAACUUCGUGGCAGUACACGUAACCUAAUACUCUAUAUACCUAGCGUCAUGCCAGUACACGUGACCUAUAUGCUACAUGCAUAACGUAAGGCGGUACACAUGGCCCUAUAUUCUAAUUGAAUUACAAGUGGCUCUACAUUCUACGUACACAACGUCAUGGCAGUACACGUGGCUCUUUAUUCCACAUACUUAAUGUCAUGUCAGUUCACGUGUCCCUAUAUUCUACAUUUUUACCGUCAUGACAGUACACGUUUUAUAGCCAUUUUCACUGUUUCUAUAGUAUAGUAGUUACUAUCCUAUUGUCUCAUUUUUAUUUUACUUAGUUUACAUGUUUUUAAUAAUUGUAAAGCGCUUAGAGCUUUAUGGUAAGCGCUAUAUAAAAAUGCCUAAAUAAAUAAAUAAAUACCCGUGGCCUUAUAUUCUACAUACAUAACGUCUUGGCAGUACACGUGGCCCUAUAUUCUGCAUCAGGCCUGCCCAACAUACGGCCCACGGGACGCAUGUGGCCUGCCAGCACCCUCUUUGCGGCCCGCGAAGUAACAAAAUAUUUUUUAUUCUUAUUAUUUCCUUAAUAGCUUUUCCCCCUGUCUUAUUUUCUUUGGGCCCGCACAAUUUUUUCAUAAAAUAUUAAGGCCCACUUUACAUUUUGAGUUGUGCAGGCCUGUUCUACAUACUUGACGUCAUGACAGUGCAUUUACUCUAAAUAAUAUGACUUCUGGGUUUCUUCAAGUUACUACAAGGAAAAAAAAGGUCUAUGUAUAUGGACAAUGCAUAGGCAUUGAUAUGGGCAUAUACAAGUCUUUUACAUAGGCAUAUAAAUGGGCAUAUACAUCGGCAUAUACAUGGGCAUAUACAUGGGCAUAUACAUGGGCAUAUACAUGGGCAUAUACAUGGGCAUAUACAUUGGCAUGUACAUUAGCAUAUACAUGGGCAUAUCAUUAGCAUACAGUUAUGCACAUACAUGGAUAUAUACAUGGGUAUACACAGUGGCAUACACAUUGACAUAUACAGGAACAUAUACCUGAGCAUAACCAUGUGCAUAUACAUGGGCAAAUACUUGGGCAUAUUUAUGCGUAUAUACAUCGGCAUAUAUAUAGUCAUAUAGAUGGGAAUAUAUUUGGGCAUAUACAUGGUCUUAUACAUGGACAAAGACAUGGACAAAUAUGUGGCAUAUACAUGGGCACAUAAUGGGGCAUAUACUUGGGCAUAUACAUGGGCAUUUACAUGGGCCGAUACAUGGGCGUAUAAAUGGUCAUAUACUUUGACAUAUACAUGGUCAUAAACAUGGGCAUAAACAUUGACAUAUACACAGGCAUAUACAUUGUCAUAUACAUGUGCAUAUAAUUGGAUAUACUUGACUUAUACACGGGCAUAUGUAUGUGUAUAUACAUUGAUCUGUGCAUGGACAUAGACAUGAGUAUAUACAUGACAUAUCAUGGGCAAAUGAAAGGACAUGUACAUGGGCAUAUGCAUGGAAAUAUUUGUGGGCAAAUAAAUGGACAUGUUCAUGAAAUAUGAGUGGGAAAUAAAUGGAAAUAUACAUUGACAUAUGCAUGGACCUAGACAUGGGUAUAUUUGUAGAAAAAAAUAAAUGUAAUAAAUAUGGAAAUAUUUGUUGGGAAAUAAAUUGACAUUGACAUGAAAUAUAAGUGGGUAAUAAAUGGAAAAAUACAUUGAAAUAUAGAUGGAAAGUACCGUGUAACUCAAAUGUUAGAUUUGAUAAAAUUGGAUUAUUUAUGACCGUUUUUAAAGAACCUUUACAACUACACUAAUAGGUCAUGUUUCCACAGGCCGCAAAAAUCGUAUACUUUUACAAUCCUUGUCAUGUUUCCACAGCCACCAAUAUCAAAGAUGAGUUCGAUCCUUGCCAUAGCUCUAACAUCAAGCUGUGCAACAGAAAUUAUGAGCGAGCGGCCGCUACUGGAGAUUGUGAGUAAGUAGAUAGUUAAAUUUGUGCUGUUGCAACAAUUCAUAGCUAGCAUAUAAUUUAAGUAUGUGCUAUAUUAAAAAAAAAUAUAGCCAGUAAACAUUUUUAGUAAGUUCUCACUUACCCGGUUAAAAAUGCAACUCUGAUUUAGGAAAUUACAAUAAAUAACUUCCAUAACACAUGUCACAUCCGAAGAGUGAUGUUGUCUCUCAAUAGCUAAAUUUAAAUCUCAUCUCACAAAAGGGAGAGUCAUUGUGUCUCAAUAGCUAGAUUUAACUCUCAUCUCACAAAGGGGUGAGACAGCAUCUCUCAAUAGCUAGAUUUUACUCUCAUCUCACAAUGUAGAAUGACAUUGUCUCUCAAUAGCUAGAUUGAACUCUCCUGUCACAAAGUGGAGAGACAUUGUCUCUCAGUAACUAGAUUUAACUCUCAUCUCACAAAAUGGAGAGACAUUGUCUCUCAAUAACUAGAUCUAACACUAAUCUCGCAACGGGAAGAUACUUUGUUUCUCAAUAGCUAGAUUUAACUCUCUUCUCACAACAGGGUGACAUUGUCUCUCAAUAGCUAGAUUUAACAAUCAUCUCACAAACAAAAGCAAUAUUAUAUUGUCUUCAAAAAACUAAAUUUAACACUUAUUUGCAGCGGGGAGUGACAUUAUUGAUACAAAUAGCCAGAUUAAACACUCAUCUCAGAUCGGGGAAAGACAUUGUUUGCAUAACAGACAGACUUAACACUCAUCUCAGACCGUGGAAAGACAUUGUUUGCAUAACAGACAGACUUAACACUCAUCUCAGAUCGUGGAAAGACAUUGUUUGCAUAACAGACAGACUUAACACUCAUCUCAGAUCGGGGAAAGACAUUGUUUGCAUAACAGACAGACUUAACACUCAUCUCAGAUCGGGGAAAGACAUUGUUUGCAUAACAGACAGAUUUAACACUCAUCUCAGAUCGGGGAAAGACAUUGUUUGCCUAACAGACAGAUUUAACACUCAUCUCAGAUCGGGGAAAGACAUUGUUUGCAUAACAGACAGAUUUAACACUCAUCUCAGAUCGGGGAAAGACAUUGUUUGCAUAACAGACAGAUUUAACACUCAUCUCUCUUUCAUGGAAUGUCAUUACUUUCCUUCCGCUCACUGACUACUACAUUAAUCUCAUCCACUCCGUUUUGUCCACAACGGUCAAAAAAUAACUGUUUUUUUUCAUAUUUUCCUAAAAUAGACAGAUCAAGAAGAGUCUGCCCUGUUUGACCAAGGUUUUAGUAUCCUGUUCCUGGAAUGCUUUUAAUCAGGUCUUCCAUCUAAGCAAUUUUGACCACAUACAAAACUCGAUGAAAUGUAAGUGA